AUGCUGGCUCUACGUUUUGCACUCUGGGCUUUUGCUGUUUGGUCUCUGGGUCUAUCUGGAGUCCAAGGUGCGACCUCCUUGUCUCCCAGUAGUACUCCAUUCAUCUCGCCACCCCUCGAGACCGAAUUCGGCAAACAGGCCGAUACACCCUCCUUCUUACUCCGGCUUGGCCCUGAUACUGCAAGUGUGUGCAACAGUUCAACGCCAGGAACAGCCGGCUCCAUCAUCUCCGAGGAUGGCCACGGGGGAACCAGCUCGAUGUUCUUCUGGUUCUUCGAGAGCAAGAAUGAUCCCAGUUCCGAUCCGCUGAUUCUAUGGAUGACGGGCGGCCCCGGUGCGUCGUCUGUCGGCUAUGGAAAUCUCAUGGAACUGGGCCCUUGCCGCAUCGCCACAGAGGGCGGGAAUACCGUUCCCAAUGAGUUCGGAUGGAAUGCCAACGCGACCGUGCUUUUUGUCGACCAACCGGUGGGUGUAGGCUACUCUCGGGGCGAGCACAUCCCGCAUGGCCUAGCUGAGUCCUCAAUCGCUAUGCAUCGUUUUCUCCGCCAGUUCAUGACUGCCUUUCCGGACCUUGCUGAGCGAGACUUCUAUAUUGCUGGCGAGUCCUACGGCGGCUCGUGGGUUCCUGCACUCGCUCGGACGAUACUUCAGUCUCAGAAUGGUGGCAGAGAGGAGCCCCUCAAGGUGCAAGAUCCAAGCUACAGCUCCUCAUCCAUAGCCUCCUUCCAAACACCCACAAUUAGCCUCAAGGGCAUAAUGAUUGGGAACGGUCUCAUCCGCCGCUCAUUCCAGAAUAUCGGUUUCUUCGAGACGGUCUGUUCGGGUCCGGACAGCGUAUUCAACUCAUCCGAAUGCCGUGACUGGGCACCCCGCGCAAUGUGGUGCGAGAGAGAGCUCGGGAUCUGUGAAAGUGACGGGAUGAUGUCCCCCCCGUGCAAGGCUGCAGAAGACAAAUGCGCUGCAAUUUGCAGAGUAGUCGUUGAGGAGAAGCAUCGCAACCCUUACGACUUGCGCUUAGAGUGCCAUGACCCGGCCACGUGUUACACGGAGAUGCAGCGCAUCGAUGAGUAUCUGAACCAGGAUUCUGUCAAGGAGGCCCUUGGGGUCCCGGUCAGCGACAAGUUUCAGGGAAUUUCAUUGGAUAUUUUCGAAGAGUGGGAGAGGUUAGGGGAUCUCUGGCGAGCGAGCGAUGCGUACGUGAACUAUUUACUGGAAUCUGACAUCCGCGUUCUCAUCUACGUCGGUGAUAAAGACCUCUAUUGUAACGCGGCAGGGAUGCGCCAGCUCGUCGACCACGGCCUAGAUUGGCACGGGCAGCCAUUCAUCCGGUUCAGGGAGUUGAUACCCUGGUACGUUGAGACGAACGUUGCCGGGAGGUGGAAGGCGUAUGAACCUUUGACGUAUCUUGAGAUAGCGGACGCGGGGCAUCUAGCUCCAUUUGAUAAACCGCUGGAGUCAUUGACUUUGAUUAAUGCGUGGAUCUGGGGGAGCAUGCCAGUUUCGUGA